UCCUAAAGAAAAAAGUGCUAUUCAACAAAGGGCAUCUUUACUGACUUAAGUGUUUCGCAAUGGCUCGAAUAAUUCCUUCCGUGUUGACUGUCACUGGAAUCCUAGGAUGAAAGGAGGAGCAUACCAUAGGUUUUGUAAGAUGGACACGGCAGGAAGUGUGGUCGGCUUGGUAGAUCUGGCAAUAAAACUUGUGCAACACAUACUCCAAGUGAGGGAAGAGCUUAAAAAUGCACCACUCAAGCUGCAAGAUCUAGUCUCUUGUGUGGAUCAUGCGGGGAGUUUGUUACUGGAUCUUCAAGCAGCAGGUGAGUCUGGCCCUAUCACCCGGGUGAGAUCAGUCGUCAUAGAGGAGCUUGGAAAGGAAUUGGCAGCCGCGAAUGUGAAGAUUCAAAGAUUUACUGGCUCGACCAAGAGUGGGAACUUGGAUGCCCGUGUGUUGAAGGCAUUUUUUGGACAAGGGCUUGUCAAGCAAAACCGACGCACUGAAGAGAUCACUGCUCGGAUCAAGGAGCAGCUCACGACUUUGAAUCAUGCACUCACUGUGGAGACUCGCCUUGCUGUGAUCACAGCCUCGAGUUUUUGCUCGCCGAGACAGAGACCUGGAAUUGUGCAGCUUCUGGAUAGGCUUGCUGUGGAGAAUGCGGAUGACGAGGUGUGCAGGGUGGCUCUGGAGAUUGGAGGAAAAUUUGGGUCGAAGUUUUUGUCUAGAACUCCAGAAUCUAAUGACUUGAAAAGGGCGGCCCGAGAGGGAGGUUAUGAGAUCGAAAACUCUACCAAGAUCAGGUUUGAGAUAUCGGUGGAUGAAGACGACUACUUUUUCUAUGUUGUCACCUUUGAUUGCACCAAAGCAUUGGUUGAGCUGUUCUAUCCGAAUCACUCUUUAGCCAACCAUAGCCUCAACAGCAAGUUCAAUCGAUUUUUUCCAGACCAAGUGAAAAGUAGGCGUGAUCCCAUAAGUUUCCGCAUCGAGAGCUCUGAUCCCAGCUUCACACAAGUUGAGCAGCAGAUUGUUUAUAUUGUUUUCGCAGGGGCGAAACUACAUGAAGAUGAACCACACAGAGUGCUAGAGAUGAAAGAUAUCCAGGAUAACAUCAGCAUCUCAAACAAAAUAAUUGUCAGGAAAUACAUCUUUGACAUCAUGCGAGUGUAGUUUGUGGAAUUGG